AUGCCGAUCAAUUGGUUUCGUACUCUCUCUCGGGGUCCAUUCUUCGAAUCUCUCCGUCAAUCUCAGAAGAACCAUCUAGUUAGCGCUGGAUUACUACGUUCAUCAUCAUUCAAUUUUAUCAAUCCACGACACCAUGUUGUUACUACAUACUGUGUGACACAAAAGCUCCUAGAGUCGGACAUCGCAGGACUAAGUGACGAGGAAGUAUUGGCGUUUUUUACCACCGGGUUCUUCGGAGGGUAUGUCUUUGCUUGCGAGAGGUCUAUCCUCAAAGCUGGAGGAUGGAGAUAUCUCCCUGCUCAGUUCUCAAAUUUUGAAGAUGACCCGGCGGCAAGAACCAUCUGGGACAACGCUGAGAUCCCCAACACCAAGCUGUUACCCCUCGGUAGCUGCUUAUAUGGCUCCUUCAAGUUGAUAGACAAGCAUGUGUCAGCAUCUCCAGGCUCGGAGCCUAGCUAUGUGGAUUAUGGCUUUGGUUCUGACCGGUUUGCAUUCGGAGGAUGUCACCGGGUCCAAAUCACACGGUCACCUCAGCUAGAGGUUCAGUUGCAGCAGUUUAUAUGUAAUCCGACAAAAGAUACUCAGCCUAGGAUGGGAGAAUAUCUCGACAAAUUUCACAUCGUUUAUGUGAAACUAUUAUUUGCUGAUGGGAUUCGGUCUGUCCUGGUACGAGGUUAG